AUGUCUAUAAUAGAUACCGUACUCAACGUAUGGAUACUUCUAAUCAAGAUCCUGGUACUUGUGGUGAGUCAUACGAUCCAUAAGUUUUUCGGCAUCAGGAUUUUUCUUAAGAAUUUUGAAGAUGAUAAUGAUUUUAAAACUUGUUCAGAUAAUGCCAUAUACGAUAAGAUUAUCCAUGCCAAUGACAUUAGUGAAAUAGCCUCUAUUCAAGGAUACACCAUUCGAGAACACGUUGUUGCCACUAAGGAUGAAUAUUUGCUAGUAAUUCAUAAGUUGGAGAAACGAGAUGGUGGAAUAACUAAUGCAAAUGGGAAAAUAGCGUAUUUCCACCACGGUUUAUUAACCAAUUCGGAGCUUUUCAUAUUGGGGACUAAAAAGGAGAAAAGCUUACCGUUUUUACUUGUUGAUUUGGGUUAUGAAGUGUGGUUGGGUAAUAAUCGUGGGAAUAAGUAUUCAAGAAAGCAUUUAAAAUAUUCAGUUUGUGAUAAAAAAUUUUGGAAUUUUUCACUAGAUGAAUUUGCUCUUUAUGAUAUACCAGAUACAAUUGAUUAUAUAUUAUCACUUUACCCACCCCAUUCAACAUUAACUUAUAUUGGUUUUAGUCAAGGAUGCUCUCAAUUAUUUGCCAGUCUUAGUUUAAAACCAGAGUUGAAUUCAAAAUUAAACAUGUUUAUUGCAUUAUCUCCAGCAGUUAUUCCAAAUAAUUUAAAACAUCCCAUUUUCAGAAUAAUCGUUCGACAAGCAGCUAAAGAUAAUAAUUUCUUGUAUAGCUUGUUUGGUGAACGGGCAUUGAUGCCUUCGGUUUCCUUUUGGUCUUACGUCAUGGGUUCAAGAUUAUAUGAACGAGUCGUUGAUAGUUCUUUAACUUACCUUUUUGGCUGGUCUGGAAAUAACAUUGGUGCUCUACAAAAAAGAAUUGGCUACCCUCAUAUGUUCUCAAAUGCUUCAGUUAAAUGUUUAACUCAUUGGUUUCAAAUUAUCAAUUCAAAAAGAUUCCAAAUGUUUGAUGAAACUUGUAAAUUCGGUGUGACUAACUUGGCAGUCUUGUCAUCAACCCUGAAAUCAAAGUCCCAUUGUGUGGCUCCGUUCCCUGUCUCUCAUCAUUUAAAUCUUCCUAUCAUUUUAGUUUAUGGUAAUUCUGAUAUAUUGGUUGAUAUCGAACUCACUAAAAAAUUAAUCACCGAUCAAAAUCCUAAAAUGAAAAAUAAAUUGAUUGAUACCAUCGAAUGCUCUUCCUAUGAACACAUGGAUCCUCUCUGGGCAAAUGAUGUCUAUGAAAAAGUUUUCUCCAAAGUUAUCAAUGCAAUGGAAUCAAUGCAUAAUAAACGUUUCCCUAAUCGCUUGUCUAUUGACAAGUAUAACAAUUCUAAUUCCUCAUUACACCUGAGUUCCAGUCACGUAGAUAGCUUGUACUCAUAA